AUGUCCGUCUCCGUCAACCCUCGACGCAGGACCCCGGUGACUCGCCCGGAGUCCCCUGCCGCCAGUGGCCUCAGUCUUAAGACCAACUGCCUCCGCAAGGGCGCUACCUUCCACUCUCCCACCAGUCCUACCACGUCUUCCUCGGAUGAUGCCUUGACUGCUCCUCCAAGCCUUCGACGCUCCCAGACCAACCUGGACGACGUUGUCGAUGCUCACUGCCGCCGCAUGGCGCUCAUUGUCGACGACAUCGACAAGUCGCUGUCCAACAUCAACCUCGUCUCCCCCAACGCCAAGUCCUUCCGCGACGACAGCCUUCCCGUGCCCAGAGGCUUCCUCAACCUUCCCGUCGUUGACCCCGCAAUGGCAAAGGAUAAGCCAAAGGAGACGGAACGCCGCAUUCUGCGUCCCAGAACCCGCCGCUCCUCGAGACAUCAUGAAUCAGACAGCGGACUCGGCACCUCUGUUGCGCACACCGCUGAGACAGAGCCUGCGACCACGGCAUCAAAGAAGGCAUCGGCCAUCACCAGGUCUGCCGCCAACACUUCUUCUUCCACCAUGGAGAAGCUUCCCGCCCUGAGCUCCAGGGCUGUAAACCGCAUCCACGAGCACGUCCUCCGACCGCUCCGGGCCAAGCCUGCCCUCAAGGACUUCGAGGCGAUUGUUCUUGACGUCCCCAGGCGCAUCAGAGAAAAGGAGAUCAUCUGCCUGAGAGACCUUGAAAAGACGCUCAUCUUCAUGGCACCGGAGAGGACCAAGACCGCCGCCUUGUACCUUGAUUUCUGCCUGACGUCGAUCCGCUGCAUUCAAGCCACCGUGGAAUACCUCAGCGACCGAGAACAGACUCGACCCAACGACCGCCCUUACACUAACGGCUAUUUUAUCGAUCUUGUGGAACAGAUUCGCCAGUACGCCGGCCAACUUGCUGCUGCCAAGGAAACUGGAUCAGACGCUGCCGAUAUGGACGUUGACCCAACCGACGAAAUCAAGCUUUUUGGUGGCAUCGCCGAGAACGGACGCCCUGCCGAGCUCGUCCGCGUCCGCAAGGACGGCAAGGCCAUUUCCAUGGCGACUGGCUUGGAGGUCGACCUCGACGACGCCAAGAGCCCCAUUCAGAUGAAGCGCUCCUUGAGCCAACAGCUGGAGGACGACGAGGAGAUUAUGCGCUCCAUGGCCCGCCGCAAGAAGAACGCGAGCCCCGAGGAGCUCGCCCCCAAGAAGUGCCGUGAGCCCGGCUGCCCCAAGGAGUUCAAGCGCCCUUGCGACCUAACCAAGCACGAGAAGACGCACUCUCGUCCCUGGAAGUGUCCCGUCAAGUCUUGCAAAUACCACGAGUACGGCUGGCCCACCGAGAAGGAGAUGGACCGUCACCACAACGACAAGCACUCGUCGGCCCCGCCCAUGUACGAGUGCCUGUUCUCGCCGUGCCCGUACAAGUCGAAGCGUGAGUCGAACUGCAAACAACACAUGGAGAAGGCCCACGGCUGGCAUUACGUUCGCACCAAGACCAACGGCAAGAAGCCCUCGAGCAAUGCCGGCAGCGUUACACAGUCCACCCCCCAGCUCAUCCACAUGCCCACUCCCUCCACCAGCAGCGCUGCCACUCCUCCUCCACCAAUGGACCAGUUCAACUUUAACGACCCAAUUCUCGCCCCAAUGCAUGCCAUCGGCCCUGUGGGCGACUUGGCGUCUCACAUAGACGGCAUGGAGUUCCCCUCAUACAUCUCGGACGAGGAGUUUGACCAAGUUCUGGGCGCUUCGGGCCCAUUUGAUGGCCAGCUUGACAUGUCGAUGUCUCCUCCGGACCACAACACCCCCUCCACCGAUGUGUCUUACGGCCCGUACUCGUAUCAGGAAGGCCCUGACUUCACUGUGAACGAGGACAUUUAUGGUGCCCACGCUCAGCUCCCUACUCCCGACCGAGCUGUCUUUGCCGAGAAGAUGAACAUGGCCUUCCCCAUCUACCAACCUGUUCCCACUUGCCAGCCUGAGAUCGACACCGCUCAGAUUGCUCCACACAUUUCCCCCAUUGGUCAGGGUAAUGCCAUGCUCUACACCCCAAACUCACUGGCUGAGGUGGACGAAGGCUUCGAGGACACUUUCACUGGCGCCAAUGAGUUCUGCGGUAACGACUUCCAGCUCUUCCCGGCCACCACUGUGACCAAGACGUACGAGCCCCUUUUUGGCGAGGUGCCCAGUGCUGGCUUGGGUUACUCCCAGACUUCGCAGGAUCCGUUCCAAUCUAUCGACUGGAUGGACUAUCAAAACUUCCCGAGCCAGUAA